UUUCCGCAGCCUCUGGCAGCUCGAAAACACUCGGAAGCAACUUGAAGAUGACCUCCUGAAGGUGCAAAACCAACUUCUGGAGGAGAAGAAGAAACGGGAGCAGGCUGAAACAAUGGCCCGCUGUCUGCAGAAACGCGUGCAGUUGCUUAUCAAGGCCCGGGACGGGAUGAGAGGUAUCCUGGAUUCCUACGACAGUGAGCUGAGUUCGACUGAACACUCCCCUCAGCUGAGCACCCGGGUGCGGGAGGCCGAGGACAUGGUCCAGAAAGUGGAAGCGCACACUGCAGAAAUGGAGGUCCAGUUGUCUCAGGCGUUGGAAGAAGCUGGGAAUCAGAAGAAAAGAGCCGAAAUGUUGGAGGUGGAGUUACGAGUGCUGAAGACCCAGGAAUCCACGAAGGAACUGAGCACCUUUAUCACUCAAGAGACCGUGAAUUCACUCAGGUUGAAGGUUGAGGAGCUGGAAGCUGAACGGAGCCGGUUAGAAGGGGAGAAGAAAUCCCUGGAGGUGAAACUGGAUGAGAUAACCCUUCAGCACGGUGAUCAUGACCCCAGUAAAACCAAAGUCCUCCACCUCAGCAUGAAUCCGGCCAGCCAGGCCAAGCGGCAACGUCUGGAAGAGCAGGCCCAACUGCGGGAGGAAUGUGAGAAUUUGAGAGAGAGGGUCCGAAUACUGGAAAGAGGAGGCUCCCUCCUAGAAACCUCCGAGGGGGCUGCCAGUCUCCCCCCACCCCAGGAAAUUGCAGAACUGAAGAAACAGCUGGAGAGUGCAGAACUGAAGAACCAGCGCCUGAAAGAGGUUUUCCGGACCAAGAUCACCGAGUUCCGCCAAGUGUGUUACAAGCUGACUGGAUACCAGAUCGACAUGACCUGCGAGAAUCAGUACCGGCUCACCUCGGUCUAUGCAGAACGCCAGGAAGACUGCUUGAUCUUUAAGGCUUCCAGAUCCUCUGGCUCCAAGAUGCAGCUGUUGGAAACGGAGUUUUCCCAGACUCUCCGUGAGAUGAUCGACCUCCAUCUUCACCAGCAAGAUAGUAUCCCCGUUUUCCUGAGUGCCAUCACCCAAGACCUUUUCAGCCGCCAGACCAUGGCUUAGCCACGCCUCAACCUCCUUCGCCACCCUUCCUAUCCGAGAAUCGCCACCCGAUCAGAGCGUCCUCAUCGGGGGUUAUGGGCCCCGUUUCUGAAUCUUAAUUGCCUUAUUUAAGUGCCUGGCUUCUACCGUCUGCACUUCACUGUGGGCUGAAGAAGUCACCAAAGAAACACGUCGUUUUUUGGGCGUUGGUUUUGUUUGUUUCUCUGACAGCAAGACCGUUUCUCAUCGGCUAGAUCA